AGAGAGAGACAGACACGCAUAUAUAUAUAUAGAGAGAGAGAGAGACGCAUAUACAGAGAGAGAGAGAGGGAGAGAGAGAUGGGGCUUUACCGAGUCGGAUUUCUGGUUCUCGUAUCGUUCUUCUGUGUUUAUCCCUCUCUGACAGAGGGUUUGGUUCGCCAUUACAAGUUUAAUAUUGUGAUGAAAAACACAACGAGGCUGUGUUCGAGCAAGCCAAUCGUGACCGUCAAUGGCAGAUACCCGGGGCCCACAAUCUACGCUCGAGAAGACGACACGUUGCUAAUCAAGGUCGUUAACCACGUCAAGUACAACGUCUCCAUCCACUGGCACGGUGUGAGGCAGUUGAGAACGGGUUGGGCCGAUGGGCCUGCUUACAUAACGCAGUGUCCGAUCCAGCCCGGUCAAGUAUACGUCUACAACUAUACGUUGACCGGUCAACGGGGAACCCUAUGGUGGCAUGCCCACAUCCUGUGGCUACGAGCCACCGUCCACGGCGCCCUCGUCAUCCUCCCCAAACGUGGCGUCCCUUACCCCUUCCCCAAACCCGACCACGAGAAAGCCAUCGUUCUAAGUGAAUGGUGGAAAUCGGAUACCGAAAACGUGAUUAACGAAGCACUUAAGUCGGGAUUAGCCCCUAAUGUCUCGGACGCUCACACCAUCAACGGUCACUCCGGUCCGGUCAAGAGCUGUCCCUCGUCCAUGGGUUACAAGUUAUCAGUGGAGCGGGGUGAAACCUAUCUCCUAAGACUUGUCAACGCUGCACUCAAUGAAGAGCUCUUUUUCAAAGUCGCCGGCCACUCUCUAACGGUGGUCGAAGUCGACGCCCUCUACGUUAAACCCUUCAAGACAGACACCGUACUCAUCGCCCCGGGUCAAACCACUAACGUCCUCCUAACGGCCUCUAAAUCCGCCGGUAAAUACCUCGUCACGGUCUCGCCCUUCAUGGACGCGCCCAUCGCGGUGGAUAACGUCACGGCCACCGCAACCGUUCACUAUUCCGGCACUCUCUCCUCCUCGGCCACAGUCCUAACCCUCCCACCGCCGCAGAAUUCUACGGCUAUCUCCAACAACUUCACCAACUCGUUACGUAGUUUGAACUCCAAGAAAUACCCUGCCUUGGUCCCCAAGGAAGUAGACCACCACCUCUUCUUCACUGUUGGCCUCGGUGUCAACCCUUGUCCGACCUGUAAAGCCGCUAACGGAAGCCGAGUGGUCGCCAGCAUUAACAAUGUUACCUUCACGAUGCCGACCACGGCUUUGCUCCAAGCCCAUUACUUCAACAUAAGCGGAGUCUUCACGACUGAUUUUCCAAAGAACCCGCCUCAUGUUUACAACUACACGGGCUCUCCUCCGGCUAACCUGGCCACGGAGAAGGGCACGAGGCUUUACAAGCUUCCGUACAAUGCCACGGUCGAGGUCGUUCUCCAAGACACAGGAAUCAUUUCGCCGGAGAAUCAUCCGGUGCAUCUACAUGGGUUCAAUUUCUUUCAAGUGGGUCGUGGAAUAGGUAACUUCAACCCCAAGAAAGACCCGAAAAGCUUCAAUCUUGAUGACCCGGUGGAGAGGAACACCAUUGGUGUGCCCUCAGGCGGUUGGGUGGCGAUCAGAUUCCGAGCUGAUAAUCCCGGAGUUUGGUUCAUGCAUUGUCACUUGGAGGUUCACACGACGUGGGGGUUGAAGAUGGCGUUCUUAGUGGAGAAUGGCAAAGGACCCAACGAAUCAGUUUUGCCGCCACCGAACGAUCUUCCCAAGUGCUGAUGAAUCCAUGAAAGAUGCCACGUCGGACAAAGACAAAUACCAAUGAGAGGGGAAAAAAAGAAGAAACCUAAAAUGGAGAGAUAAUCAUAUUUCACGUGAGAUUUGUUAUUUUUUUGAGCAAAGGAGAAGAAUGGUUUUGCUCAAAACAAAAACAAAAAAAAGAAAAAGGCUUGAAUAACAGACCGGAUAUUGUAUUAAAAACAUUUUAUAAUUAAUUAAAUGAAAUGCAUGCGGUUAUAUUUUCA